CGUAAUUAGCGUGAGUCAGGAGGGUGGGAUUGCAAACUUCUCCGACCAGCUCUUGCGGUGCGGCGGCUCUCCUUCUGAUUUCCUUCCACCAUUUCGAAAGCAAAUUUCUAGGCGGGAGAGAGAGAGAGGGGCGGAGGUGGCUGCGCCGCCAUGGCGGAAACCCUAGCGCUGGCCCCGGUGCAGGACCCCGAGGCGCCCCUCGACGCGGCGGCCAUCCGAAGCCGGUUCGAGCAGCUCCAGAUGCUACGGGGAGAAGGUGAUGAGGAGCCGGUGGAUGAUGAGGACGCGGUACUCGGAUUGCGCUCCGGGUGGGAGGUGGAUCUUCAGGAGGUAGAUGUGUGGGACUCGAGCGCUGCUGCUCUGGGGGCUGACAGUUUGGAGGCAUACAUUGAAUGGUUAAGAAAUGAGGUGAGCCUGGCAGAGGAGGAGAACUGCAAUUUAUCUAAGGAGAUUAGUGCCACUGGAGAGACAGUGUUCACAGAUACGAUUCUGCUGGAUGCUGACAUUCAAGCACUGGAGCGUUCACUGGUUACAACUGAGGGCUUGGAACAUUCAGAAGCAAGUUCCAUGACUGGGUUAUCAGUUUCAACUGAUUCAGGCCGAGACCAAACUUAUGUUGAGGACUACAAAUAUGAGGUGUUGGAACUCGAUUAUCAAAUAGGAAAAAGUGAGACGGAUCUUAAGCUGUUAGAACUACAAAGUACUUCAAUGCAAAGGGAUGAAACAAUGUGGGGACUUCAAUCUAGGUUAUCAGGACAUAAUGUCUUGGAGUGUAAUGGCAAUUGUCUCAGGGUGCUCCUGAAGACACCUAUACUGACCCCUGACUGUGUAAUUUAUGGGCAAAAAAUGGAUUGUGUUGCUGAUUCAUUGGUUUCAGACCAUGAGUUACUGAUAGAAGUUGAUGAAGGAAGCAUGGAAGUGAAGAAAGUGCAGAUCUUUCCCAGUGACAUUUCUGUUGAUAUACUGAUUGAGAAGCUCAAGUUCUCCAGAGAGGUCAUUUCUGCUCCAUCCUUGGGAUGGCUCAUUCGGCAAUGUCAACACCACAUUAUAAUCAACACUCUAAGGCGGUCUUUGGUGAACGAUGCUAAUAAUUCCAGGCAUUCUUUUGAGUACCUUGAGAAAGAUGAGACAAUUGUAGCUCAUUUGGUUGGUGCGAUUGAUGUCUUCAUCAAGAUAACUGCAGACUGGCCGCUGUCCUCCUAUGGUCUGAAGUUAAUCUCAAUCCGCAAUUCCAGGACUCAGCCAAUGGAUAUGUCUUUAAAUUUGCUCUGCAAGACUAAGGAACUUGCAAAUGGUUUAGAGCUUCUGACUCGGCAACAUCUGGUGAGAUUUGUAGAUGCUGUUGAGGAGAUCCUUGUUCGAGAGAGGCAGUCAGAGCUGCACGCCAGCAGGAGUUCUGUUUAAGAUGUACUUUGUAUCUCGUGUCAUUUGACUUUGUGCUGUUGAGGACAUAGGUGCAAGAAGUUAUAUUCAGUCCUUAUUUGUGGUAAGAGAGGGCUAAGUUGGCUCAUCUGAUGUUCCAUUUUGUUCUUUCUACCAAAACUAUUGAAUCAUUUUCGCCAGGGCAACUGUUGGAUUUGACUAACACUGAAGAAAAGAGAAACGAUUAGCUUUACUGUUUA